CAAGCUCUCUCCUUCCUGUCAGUGUCAAAUAAUAGUCUUUCUGAUGUUUCAAUGGGAUUGCAAACACUACAGGAGUGUCAGAAUUUGACGACCCUUGUCCUUACAAUGAACUUUUAUGGAGAAGAGAUGCCUAAUAAUGGAAUUCAAGGAUUUCACAGCAUGCAAGCGCUGAUUAUAGCAUUUUGUACUCUGACUGGUUCCAUUCCCUCGUGGUUAGCAAAUAUCAAAGAGUUGAGCUUGCUAGAUUUGUCUUGGAAUCACUUGACUGGAGGCAUUCCCUUGUGGAUUGGGAGCCUGGAUUAUCUCUUUUACCUUGACCUGUCAAAUAAUUCACUCACUGGGAAGAUUCCUAUGAGCUUAACGAAACUAAAAAGCCUCAAUUCUGAUUCUCUUUCACACAAUGGGUCUUCUUCAUAUGGCAUCCCCUUGUUCUCUUGGAAAAAUGCACCACGUAACCUGCUGUAUAAACAAUAUAUAAACUUCCAUCCAACAGUGGAUUUGAGCAAUAAUAUGAUGGAUGGAACAAUCUGGAAGGAGAUUGGCAACUUGAGGCUUCUUCAGGUGCUUGACCUGAGCAACAACAACUUCACAGGGCCAAAUUCCCAAGGGAGGUCAGUUUUCAACCUUCUCGAGUUCGAGCUUUGAAGGGAAUCCUGGUCUCUGUGGUGAAUUUUUCUUA